UUGGUUUUUUGUGAAUUUGUGUUGUUUCGUUUGUUUGAGUGAUGAGUGCUGAAAUUGCGGAGAACAAGUCUUUUGUGUGCGUGUUAUGUGUUUUGUGUGGAGAGUAUUUGAAGCAAAGUUGCGUCCUUUAAUAACGAAGGAACCCCUCACUUUUUUUCUGGAACAAACCCUCCCUCUUAUCAUUCAACUCUUUUUUCCCCCUUAAUCUAAAAAAAUAAAAAAAAAUAAAAAAGAUUUGAUAUAUAUGUUUUUGGUUUCUGUUCUUCAGAAUAUAAUUUGGUUUCUGAGGAAUUAGGUUUUUAUUUUCUCCCUCUGUUUAAGUCAUAAGAUGAUGCUGGUUUGUGGUUUUGGUGGUCAUUGCAGCUUUGGGAUUGAAUUGGUCAUCACAUAAUCAUAUUUUGAAGGGAUUAAAAAAAUUGAUGGAUGACUAUUCUGGAAAAAGAGCAAUUGAUGGGGUGGUAGUCCCUAAAAAGGGGAUGGGCCAUUUGUUUAGAGAUUCUGCUAAUACUAGAGAUAGAAAUGGUCAAGUGUGCAGCCGUCUUGGUUGCAGUAGUAAAGUCAACUCUCCUAAAGGUUCUCAAAUUGGUUCUUCUGAAAAGGGUAAAUCUUUGAAAACUUCUUUUCGAACUACAUCCAGUGGUAAGGAAGCAAUUGGGAGUUCUUCUAGAACUUUCACAGGGAAUAAUAACUCAGGAAAAUCCCUUAUAAAACCUCGGAAGACAUUAUCCUCUCAAUUAGAGGCUGAUUCUUCAGAAACUAGUAGUGUACAUGAUGAGACAGAUAUUUCAAAUCUUGUCCCUCCAUCUGAAAACUUUCGGAGAGUACUUCAAGCUGAAGUAGAAAAUGUAGGAUCCAGUAGUGUUGUGCAGAUGGAAGUAGGGAGCUCUAGUGUAGCAUCAUCUAAUACAGGAUCACGGAGGAAUUUCCAUCCAAAGCCUGGUUUGCGUGGUCAAGAAACUAAAAGCACUGGCGCAGCAACACGAGCCGGGACCAGUAGGUACGGAUUAAGAAACCUCAGAUGCAACUCCAUAUCUGAUGUCGUCCCUGCUGGCAUUCAACCACCAGACUCGGCCAAUAAUAGAAGAAAGGAUACAGUAAAAAAGAGAAAUUGUGAAGGGGAAAGUAGUUCAACAGCUAGAGGGAAGAAGAUCAAUGGUUCUUCAUUAGAAGGACGGAAUUCUGGUCCUAGAAAUGGUAUAUCUAUCUCUGAUUCAAGAAGACCCAGAAAUAUGCCUUCUAAUAAUAGGGACAGGCCAGACAGCAAUGUAAUGUCAGUCAGAACGCGGAGGCCGACUAAUGGUAAUGCGAGGGGACGACUUUCUAACCAAAGUAAUCCUAAUCCCGUGGCAUCGAAUGAGCCUGUUGUCAUGAUACCUACUUUGCCUCAUUCAGGUGAUCAUAAUGCUCCUGGUGUAUUGCAUCUCACUUCUCUGGAGGCUCCUUUAAGCCGUCCUGUCUCUUACAAUAGACCUGGUAGUAGCAGUGAUGAACUGUAUGGUAUUAUGCCUAUGUCUCCCACAGAAUAUGGCAUCACUCAUUCUCUUAUAAAUCGGGACAACUUUCGACGACGCUAUAACAUGGAUGGUAUUGCAGAGGUAUUGUUGGCACUUGAGAGAAUUGAGCAAGAUGUUGAGCUAACACACGAGCAAAUUCUUUUACUCGAGUCGAACUUGCUCCUCACUGGACUAAACUUCUAUGAUCAACAUAGAGACAUGCGGUUGGACAUUGAUAACAUGUCAUAUGAGGAACUAUUAGCUUUGGAAGAGAGGAUGGGUUCUGUGAGCACAGCUCUAACAGAGGAAGCAUUAUCAGAGUGCCUAAAGAGAAGUUUCUUCAAAUCCUUACCUUCAGAUGAUGUAACUGAGACUUUCAAUGGGAAUAAGAAUAAGGACGAUACCAAAUGUAGCAUCUGUCAGGAGGAAUAUGUGGUUGGAGAUGAGGUGGGGAAUUUGCAAUGUCAACAUAUGUUCCAUGUGGUUUGCAUCCAACAAUGGCUGAGGCUCAAGAACUGGUGCCCUAUUUGCAAAGCAUCAGUGGCAAAGUCAUCAACUCCGCCGUCACCGCCGCCGUCGUCAUCAUCACCUUCAUCCUAUUGAUGAUUCCAUGGUGUUAGGUCACACAGAUGGAGGAAGACUCAUUUUCUCUUUAUCCGCCGUCUCUUCAUUUUUUCUCACUCCCCUUUUUCUUGUCACAUUUGUACAAAAUACAGUUUCUCCUCUCACCUCUUUCUUAUUAUUGGUCAUUUUGUACAUAGCCAAUAUUUUCGCACCAAUUAUAUUACCUACUAAUAAUAAUACAAGCUACUGGCUUGAUAAUAGACAUUUGAACUACUGUGGAAUAGUGCCAUGCAAAUGUGUUCUUCCUCUUA